AUGGCUUGGCUCCUCUCUCCCACCAAUCUGGCUGCGAUCGCUCUUCUGACUGUCAUUUGCUAUAAGAUAUGGGCGGUGCGCAACGCUGAAAGGGAAGUACAACGCCUAGAGAAAGAGUUUGGCUGUGCACCGCCGCCCCUUUGGGCUGCACGCUGGCCGAUGGGUAUUGACCUGCUACUCAAGGCACUUUGGAGCCAGUUCCGCCACGGCAAAGUAAUGGAGUUCUUUCUCAAGGUGUCGAAUCUUUCUGGACCAACUCAUAUACAAAGUUUCCUGGGCAUGCGUAAUAUUGGCACAACUUCACCGAAGAAUCUAGAAGCGAUUCUGAAGGAGCAGGCGAAGGAGUUCAAUCUUGGCUUUCGCAUUCCCCAAUUCCGCGAUCUUAUGGGAGAUGGGGUCUUCACCCAGGACGGGGUCGAAUGGCAACACUCACGCGAUCUGCUCCGCCCAAUCUUCAAGUCGACCCGAUAUCAAGGCUUUGAGGACAUCCGACAGAGCGUGGAGAGCAUGUUGGACAAGAUUGAUCCGACCACAGUCGUUGACAUGCAGCCUCUGUUCUUCUCGCUCACGUUCGAAACGACACUGUUCAUGCUUUUCGGGGCGAGUGCCUACAGAAUGAUUUCGCGGCAAGAAGGCGAGCAAGGUGCGGAAUUUCAGAACUCUUUCAAUACCGCACAAGAGUACCUAUCAUAUCGUACGCGGGUCGGCGACCUUUGGUGGUUGUUCAAUGGCCCUGGUAUGUGGCGAGCAUGCUCAACGGUCCAUCGUUUUCUGGAUAGCGCAAUCAAAGAGGCGUUGGAAGCCAAGUACGAGCGCGAUUCUGAGCCAGAUAAUGCAAGAAAGUAUGUCUUCAUCGAUGCACUGAUAGAGCAGACCAAAGACCCUAAGGUACUGCGAGAUCAAUGUUUGAGUCUCUUAUUGGCCGGAAGAGAUUCGACUGCGGCUUGUCUCGUUUGGACAUUACGUUUGCUGGCACGGCACGAAGGGGUCCUGGAGAAGGUUCGCGAUGAGGUCGUUUCGGCAGUGGGUCUCGGGCAUGACGCACCACAACCAAGCCGUGAGGACUUGAGUAACAUGCCAUACCUCGAGCUUGUUAUCAAAGAGUCGCUGCGCUUGUAUCCCCCGGUACCCGUAAACCAAAGAGCUGCAUCGAAGACGACCACACUUCCGGAAGGUGGAGGCCCUGACGGGAAGUCAAAGGUUCUUGUCGAAAAAGGUGCAUCCGUGGGCUACUUGACGUAUGCACUGCACAGGCGAGAAGAUCUCUACGGAAAAGAUGCUCUGGAGUUCAAGCCCGAGCGAUGGCAAGAUGAGGCACUAAAGAACAUCGGGUGUGGCUACUUGCCCUUCGGCGUGGGUAGAAGGUCCUGCUUGGGUCGGGAGUUUGCUAUGCUGGAGGCAACUUAUACGGUUGCAAGGAUGGUACAACGCUUUCCCUUCGUCAGAGUAGCAGAGGGUCAGACCUUGAAGAUCGGCGAGGAAAGGCAACUCUUGACACUGGCGCUCUCCAGUGGCGAGGGAUGCUUUCUGCGCCUAAGCUAA